AUGGCCCAGUCAUUCUUGAAACGAUACUUUGGCCUCGGCGGCUCUUCCACUCCCGCUGCCAGCCCUGUCACUGAGAAGAGCGCCGUUCGUGCUCUUCCCGCUUCAUGGUACACCUCAGUCGAGAUGUACGAGCUCGAGAAGCGCGCCAUCUUCUCCAAGAAGUGGCUCCUCACCACUCACAAGGCCAGAGUCCCCAAUGCUGGUGACUGGCUCAAGUAUGAGAUGGCCAACUUCGAGUUUGUCAUUGCCAGAGACGAGGAUGGUAACAUCAACGCUUUCCACAACAUCACCCGCUUCGGUACCUUCCCCAUCGUCGCUCCCGAGCAGGGUGACCACGGUGAUGCCAACACUGGCUUUGACCAGAAGCAGAAUGGUCUUCUCCCCAUCCACGUCAAGGUUGACGCUCGUGGCUUCAUCUGGAUCAACAUGGACGGCGCUAAGACCCCUGAGGUCGCCUGGGAGGAUGACUUCGACAACCUUGACACACAUGAGCGCUUCUCUUACUACAACUUUGACGACUACAACUUCGAUCACGUCUGGCAGAUGGAGGGCGACUACAACUGGAAGAUCCUGGCCGACAACUACAACGAGUGCUACCACUGCAAGGUCGCUCACCCUGAUAUUCCCACCAUCGCCGACCUCAACUCUUACUGGGUCGAGACACAGAAGUCUUACAUCCAGCACUUCGGUGCCCAGCGACAGGACCAGAUUGACCGCGGAUUCCGCAUCGCUGUCACAUAUUACCUCCCCAAUGCCUCCACCAACAUCUCUCCUCACUUCUUCAUGAUCCAGCGCUUCGUUCCUCUCAGCCCUUCCCGCUCCAUUAUGCGAUACGAGUUCUUCCGCAACAAGAACUCCAGCGACGAGGACUUCAACCUCAUCACUGAGCUCUACAAGCGUGUCAUGUCCGAGGACAAGUACCUCUGCGCCAACGCCCAGAAGAACGUCAACGCUGGUGUUUUCAUCAACGGUGAGAUGCACCCCGAGAUGGAGCAGGGUCCUCUCUUCUUCCAGCAGAGCAUCCGAGAGCAGCUCCAGAACCACCACAAGAAGGAGCAAGAGGUCGGCCACGAGAUCUGGCCCGCUCAGCAGGAGGCUCCCCAGACCACCAUCAACACCAAGGCUACAAGCUCCGCCAACUACUCAUCGGGCAUCGACAUCCGACCAGCUCACAAGGCCAUUGUUGUUUAG